AUGGCUACAAAAUAUUACACGCUCUGGGCCAAACCCUGUACUCUGGGCAGGAAAACUUUGGACGCGAAUGUAAAGGAGGGACAUACACUCAAUUUACCGGGUACAGCUCUAGUUUUCGGCCCAAAACGCAGGCUGACGGCUGUGAAGCAAGAAGGGCUGUAUAAUCCAUGUCUUCCAACUUUGAGACGAAUGGAUAUGGAUGAAGUUCUUAGAAAGCUGGUAGAUGACCAUUCGCGUCAUUCAACACCAUGUAGUAGAGGUGAUAUAAGAUAAAAGGUUAAAUGUAUCUAGUCUAUCUACUGUAUCAGUUCUAGCUAGAGUUGUACCGUAUAUGUUUCCAUGGUAACAAGGUUAUUACUCUUGCAAUUUGCUUGCACGACUCGGGAACCAGCUGAUGUCGGUUUUUAUGAUGUUGUAAAAAAGGAAGAAAAAAAACAAACAAAAAAAAAAAAAGUAAGUCUGCAAGAAGAGCGAUUUCCUUAUUUGACCAAAUCAUGUCGGCUAUAUAUAGUAGUUAUGUUUGGGGCAGGAGCAGAUUGGAAGAACGCGCGAGUUAAUGUAUCUUACUGCACGCUCAGAGGGGUCUCCUGGCGCAACAGACAUCUCCAGAGAAAGGAAAUAGUAACCUACACUCAAAUUCAAUUUUGGCAGCAAGAACCAACGAAAUAGAAGGACCGGAUCCUAAUAAAGGAUGUAAUCAGCUAUAAAUUAAAGUAUCAAACAAAAGAAGCAUGGCUGAUUUUACAGUUGGGAAUAUAUUUUUUGUUCUUAUACUAAUAUUACAAAGGACACGUCAUUCCUUCUCAGUUCAGGGUCUUACCAUGGGCUCCUGGUCUUACAUGUUUUCCCUACUGAAAAAUUAGCCUUGCCUCUUUUGUUCGAUAACCUUCAAUCAGCCGUUGUUUUUUCGCGAAAGUCCCCUCGCCUCCCAGACAAAAAUCCCUUAAGAAGGACUGCCUGAUCGCAGAAAAAUUGGAGAGGAACGGGGUGGCUUUCUGGUACCAGUCUUCCACGUUUCGCGCUCGGUCGGCUGGAUUCACGCGCGUCGACACACGGGGAAUAUGAUCCAUUGAGUAAAACGGAUACUGCAUAGUUACCUUGUUCAAUCUUUGAAUAACUCUACGAAGGACAACAGAUCGUGAAGUUAAAAUGUCGCGUCAUCUGCAGCUUGCGUUGAGCAGCCGGUAUUAUGAUCGUCAAGGGAUCAGGUUUAGCCAACACGACGCCGUGAGACCUCACGGAACGGACUAUGGCUACUCACCUCCGCGAAGAAUGCUGGCUGCAGUUAAGGAGGGCAUGAUUCACCCUAAACCUCCCACCUAUCGACAAAUGGAUCGUGAUAAAACUCUGUGUAAAUUGCCGAUAGAGCACUGCAGGAAUUCCACGUCGAGAUCUGCCGGUGAAUAUACUUUCAAAUCUUUUCAACUAUUCUCUGAAGGUAACAUUUAAUUCAAUCGGCUGCUGUAACCUUCAUUAGCAUGUACUGGAUUUACCGUAACUGUCGAUACGCGUUUAAUAGAAGUGGUUUUAUAUAUGGAAUUUCGUGGGCUCAAUGGGCUCUCUAAGACAUGCAAAUGCUCUCUCUUCAAUACACAGGUUUAAUCUCGACCAAAUUUUUACUCCGAGUUAGCUAGCCUGCGGAUCGUAUUAUGAUCCUUAAACAAUCACAGGACCACUUUUGUCUUUAAACAAUUUGCUAAACUGAUAAAUGACAUAUGUUUGGCCAUGGGUAAAUUUAUUUACCUGAAACCUUUAUCACUCUUACCUAAAUCGAACUAAUCUGUUAGUCAUAUUUCUGAGCUUAAAUACAUAAAAUACGAUUUGUUUGGAAAAGAAAAUAGUUGCUCUAGAACACUACAAUGUCAAAUCGUCAAUAACUAAUCCUUGAAACUUUCUUAUUUUCCAGUGAAAUUCAAAAAACCUAUUAAACUCACGCUAUUUUCGAGAUAAUUUAGAGCUAGAUUCAUAUUUUUUGAAACUCAAUACCGGGAGCACAGACAAAACGAAUUCAAUGAACCAAAUGAAAACACGGCAUUCCAUAGCAACCGCGCGCGCGUUAAACAUGAUCUACGAUCAUAGCGCGCGCGCGCACGCACUGAAGUUGAAGAAAACAAACAGCGUCAACAGGUGAAGCGCCGAAGGCGAAAAAAAUUAUUUUAUUAGCUCCCUUUUCAAGUAAGUAAAUUCAUAAAUGAAGUUGAAGAUUCUCAUUUUUCUUGUUUAAAUUUCUUUCGUGAUCCCUUGUUGGAGACUUUCGUGUAACAUAUCUUUGCGAAGAACUCGUGACUUUUCAUGACUCGAGUUUUUCUUUAUAAAACAAACUUUCAAGGCCAAGGCCAAAUUAGUUGUAAAAGAAGAGAAAGUCAACUUGGUGCUCACAAAUAUUUUCCAUUUUUGGACACAAAGUAAAGUAAGCCAGUAAACUUUUUUACCGAAUCUCUUCGCUUGCAAAGCAAUAUACGAGUUUCACCUUAAUUUCAGUAAACAAAGCAUAUCCAAGUGACAGUUAAGACAACUGAAAAUGAGCUUUUGAUAGUUAAAUAAAAUGUUUCAAAUGAAGUUAAUAAGUAAUCCUCCGUUUCAUCGUCUGAUAUCUUGUCAAAGCCACCUUUCAGGUCGUUCGGCAAACCGCAAAAAUUUUAAUUGCUGCAGCUAUUUUGCCCUCUUUUCUGCCAAAUUAUAAAGACAGUUUCCACAAUUGCAAAACUUGAGCGACGCAAAAUAUAUCAAAUAAUAGUACCGACUGACGGAAAUACGUCUGGGUUGGCAAGCUAGUCAACACAUGGCCUGCGUAGCAAGCGUUUGCACUCGAAAUCGUCGAGAAAGUACUUUCGCUUGUUAAGCAGGCUAGUCAAUACAAAUUUACAGUCAUUAGCACCCAGUAGAUGGUGUUUACAUAACGGUUAUAUUGACUUACUUUGUGUAUAGAUACUUCAGGUAGUGAUUCCCUAGAGGCUGGUAAUUAUGUUUGACCUAGUAUUAGAAGUUUCAAGCUAACAAAACCGCAGGCACUACGUGAUCACUUCACUUGCGUAAUGCUUGGUAUUUAAAAAGCUUUGAAGUGAAUGAGCUACAGAAAAAGAAAAAAAAACCUGCCGACGAAUUGAGAAGUCUGAUUUAGACUGAUUUCAGUCGGAUUAUACGUCACAGAGUAAGAUUACCUCACAAUAGUAGUGCGCCCCAUUGAUUGGUGCAGAGCCUUACGUCUUAAAAAAAAAGUUAUAGAUGCAACAAAGCGGUGACAAGGUUGGCUGAGAGACUUUGGAAAUAUUUAAACUCCAGGAUUGUCAAUCGCGAGUGACUCGGUUGCGUUCCUUUGCAUCUUGCUCGCGCUUCGGAGGACCUACGAUGUCGAUCACAACUCAACGAUGGCAUCCGUCUUUGGCGCAUAGAAAACACAUGUUAGCGUCAGUAAAAGAAGGCCUUUAUCAUCCCAUGCUACCAACAUUCCGGCGUAUGGACAUGGAUACGGCUGUGCAUAAAUUACCAGAAGAACAUUCACGGACUACAACACCCUUGACCAGGAGUACGGUUAAUGCAAUCGGAAAAGUAAAGAUAUUUGGCUGAGGAUAAGACAACCCUUUUGAAUCCAACUUUCAUUUUGUAUUGCAGAUGAUUUCAAAAGCAGCACUAUCACACUGUUCAGACCAGCUGAGAAGCCGUUGUCAGGCACGGUAAGGUGAUAUCUAGUUACCGUGCACUUAUUACCUAGUGUGGCAUUAAAUACCGGAUUACAACUCGGCGGAUUUUUGGUGGAAUCUUAAAGCCUUAAAUUAUUUUUGUUAAAAUUUCAUGUUGACUGUUUGUUUAUUUUUCAGCGAAUAACCGAGACGGGACGCCAGCUUCAGUCUACAUCCUACCAGCCAAUUGAAUCAGGGUACGUUUAAUAUCACGAGCCAAGAGCGUACCAACAGGUUGUUUUGCAUGUCGGAAACCACACGGCACACAUCAACAGAAAAUUCCCCCAAAAUACCGUCUACAUAACUUUUUCUGUGCAGUGUAGCAAACAUGCAAAGUAAAAUAAUUAAUUAUAAUAUCCCUGCAAAACCUUUGUCCCUUUUACGGUCGGCUAUUCAGCUCACGUGAGCGGCGUUCUUUCUAUUUUUUCUUUUAUGUCAAGAACACAAGGAAACUGUUUUUGAGCAAGUUACCGUAGUUGUGUGUUUUCGCUGCGCUGUAUUUUCUUUUAUCCUCGGUGCAUUUUUUAUUUGUUUACUCUAGCAAACGUUUCUGUUGGUAAGAAGAGUUUGUGCAGAGCUUUAGAUCUCUGGAACAAAACCACAGGCUUAACAGAUUAAAGCGAGACAGUGAGAGAGAUUUAAAAGGCAAAUGAAAUGGUUCAGCUUUCAAAUGAACUAUGACAAUUGAACAAUACCGGUUUUAACCUUCAUUACUCAUUAGUAGCUGAUCUGCUUCAAGGUACAACGAAAACGCUGCAAAACAAAUAAUCAUCUAUUCCGCAAGAAUAGAUGAGAGCGAGAGACUGCUCGCAAGUCUAUCAGUCUGCUACACAGCCGUUUUUAGUGUCGUCACGCAACGCUCGACUCUAAAAACGGCUGUGUAGCAGACGAGCAGUCUAUGGGCCCUUGAAAAACUCAAGAGAACUGUCUGUGUUUUAAGAAAAAGGCACAAAGAAUUCGCCAAAGAUAUCAGAAAAGUAGCCUUCCCCGACAUGUGAAACCAUUUUUUUUCUUUUCUAAAACAUCGGUGGGAUUGGUGGCUUCAAGGUUUCCUCAGUUGCACAAAAACGAUUUGCUUUUGUUACUAGUCAUUUAAGAAUGUGUGUUUUUUUUCACAGGGGAAUGGCGGAAUUUUUGGAGCGAUCGAUGACAGCAAAAACGCGAGAAAGACAACCUUCUCCCCUCGCUCCAAACGGUAAGCAGGAUAUUGAAUGACUUCGUUGCACUUGUCAGUUAACAGGUCCGCAAUGUGUCCUUAUGCAAACUGCUUGGAGAAUUCAUUUAUUUAUAGAAUAUUGAAAAGCCAAUAGUACUUGUUUCGGGGAUGAUCAACCGUACCACGGGAUUUGAAAUUUAUCUUUGAGGCGGUAGACUUGUACAUAUCCACAAAAUAAAUUUGUAAAAAAAAUUAAUGAUGCUUGUACUAGGCAAGUUUUGCCAAUUUUUGUGGCAACAAUUCCCAUGAUUUCCAAGAAUUUUUCCAUAUUGAGUCAAAAUGAUUUGUGACCCCCAUGAAUACAUCCAAUAAGUAAUCGCUAUUAACUCUUUUUUCCCAGAACCAUCUGAACCUUAUACAUUCAUGCCUGAGCCAUAUCUUAAAUACUCUGCUGAUCAAAUGAGGUUCAAUGGUUAUGCAACACGAUAUCUGUCACCAAGGGAGACGGGCUCAUGGAGGGUAAGGAACAGUUCUAUGAAUGUUCAAGUUGAGGAAUUUUGGUUUAGAAGUUAAAAUGUGUCUAACUAUUCCACAUGAAUGGAAAAAAAAAAAAAAACAAAACAAAAAAAAUAGUGUUUAAUAAAUCUGCAGCUUUGCAACAUUACAAAAUAGUCAUUCUUCCCAUUACUGAGAGCAGCUGAUUGCAUUAUUUUUCCCAUGGACUUUUUUUCAUUUCUAUCAGUGUUUUAUUACACACAAAGCUUAUCAAAUCUGCAUCAUGGCCCUGUUAGGGUAAAAUUCUGACAAGCCAUCAAUGUUGAAACAGUGACAAAAGACAAGAUGACAUGGUGACAAUCGACGUGUAGCCCACAGGAGAGGAGGGAAGAAAUACGCACUCCCUCAACCCUUUAAGCACUAAGAGUGAUCAGCAUCAAAUUUCUCCUUGUAAUUUAUCACUGCUUUAUAACACAAAGUGGUCAUGAGAAUUAAGCACAUGAUCACACAAGAUAAAUCUAAUGGAUACUUCAACAAAUUCUCCCCACUACUUCUAUUGAAAAAGUAUAGGGAUAACAAAUGAGAAUUUGAAUUUUGAUGUUAGGGUUUAAAAGGUUAACAAGGUCUGCGGGGGAGGCUAAUUGACAUGAAGAUGGGUUAAAUGCCAACAGGGACACAAGUGUCCUACUCCUCAAAAUGCUGAAAGAUCAUAUUUGAAAUUCAGAUUAGGGACAUACAUACCUACCCCCCUCCCCCUAAGAGAGCCUCUGCAUCAGCCUAGCCUGUGAGCUAGCUCUCUCGGGCACUCUGGCGACGGGGCAAACAAGGAAGAAGAGAACCAGAGCGCCCUGGAGAGCUUGCUUGCAGGCUCGCAUCAGCCUUGUCUCUUACCUCUCCCCCUUCUAAGGGAAAAGUCCUGGAGACAUGAGGUUGGCAUGGUAUAUGCCAAAAUAAAUUUUCUUUUUAAUCAGGAGGAAAUUUGAGCCAAACGUUCUGCAGUCUUUCACUUUGGAAUGAUUCUCACAAGUUAAACUCAAACUGCAGAAAUGUGAGCUAUUUGCAAUAUAUUGCAAAUAGGUUAAAUAUGGCUCAUGUCAUCUUUUUUUUUACAGUACUCUCUCAGACAGGAGCCGUAUAUAGACAUAAGGGGUCAGCGUCCUAUCCCUGCAACAAUCUAGUAAGUUUUCUGACAUUGUAAUAAUAGCUUUAAAACCUGAUUGUUAGUGCAAGCUAACUGUUAUUGUGCAAUUUAUACACUUCAAAUACAUUGUCCAUUUUUUUUCUGUUGAAAUUACCCAAAAUGUAUUUUCAUUUAUUUUUGUUUUACUUUCCCUCCCAUCCAUCAUCUCCUCUAUUUUAAGCCCCCCCUUCCCUUCUCAAGACCUGACAUUGAAAUAUAAACUUCCUAGGAGUUAAAAAAACGAAAAAAGGAAAAACAAAAAAUACAUGGAAGGUAGGAGUUUUGGGUAUUGUUAAUGCAGUUUUGUUGUAUUCAUUUUGCAGUAGUCGUUACCGUCAUGCACACCCAAGGGCUACGUAAGUUUGUUCAUUACUUUCUUAGCUCCCAAUAAUAAUAUAGCCAGAUGAUAAUAAAUAUAUGGCCCUUUACACAUUUCCUCAUAUCUUCAAGCUGAUGUUAUGCAAUCAUUAUUUUCUUCGGAAUUUGUGGUCACUAUUACUUAAACUGCAUAUUCCUUUUGAUAUUAAAAUACAGUUUGAUGAAAACGUUUUACCCUUAUUUGAGAGAAUUCUAACUUCACCCUUCUCUGUGCAGAUAAAAAUUUCAUCCACUUCCCCUGAGAAAAAAAAAAAUCUGUUAAAGGACUGCAUUUGUUAGCUUGUAACUUUAGCACAUGUACUUUACAUUAACUGACACAGCACACUUUUUUUUUCAGUGUUGCAGCGAUGCAUUGGCGAUAAAAAUGAAUAAUACUCAUGGAACUCAACUGCAGCCUUGAAAGCCUGAAUGCAGUAUACAGUCUGUUACAUCGCAAAAAGAUCAGCUUUGUCCUGCUUGUUUGUGUCAACAAUUUCCACUGAAUGUUCUGUUAUUUAACAAAAAAAAAACUAUGCAAGCACCUGAGUGAAGUUUUAGCCAAAUGAAAAAAAAAUAUAUACAUAUGUUUUCAGCCAUAAUAGACUUUAAAUGUUUGGGAUACAACUAAAAUAUUUGCAAGUCAAGAGGAAUAUGCAGAUUGUAAAUGGAGACAAAUGUGUACCAUGUUUAUUGAGAUAUCACCUUUUAAAAUGGGAGUGUUUGUAAAUAACAAAGAAUUAGGAUUAAAACAGUGUUGUCUUUGUAUAGAGCUGAGAGUAAAGAUAAUAUUGCCUUUAAUAUUCAUCUAACAAAGAUGAAGUAAUGAAUAUCUGAAUUUCAUACAUUGGAACCAUGGAAUGAAGAAAUAAAUGCAAAGAGGCUCAUCUCAGUUUAAGAUGCAACUAAUAUGCAGUUGCCAAAAAAAGAGCCUGAAAAAAAAUCCGGUUUGCCAGAUUUGUGUGGAAGCCUGAGUGGAAAAAUUUUUUCCUCUUUCCACCCUAAUCUCACCCCUUUUUUAAUUUGCAUAAUCUUACUUUAUGCUUGCCAAGUGUGGCUCUGAGAAAAGAAGGAUGAUCGCUCAUGGUCUAAGGUACUG